AAUGCGAGUAAUCCAAGCACCAUGGGGACAGUGAACGCGACGCUGGAUGACAUGGUAUCCAUGAAUCUCUCAGUUGUCCGGACCUGGGGCUUCUCAACACAAGCAAGUUCACCUGUGCAGCUAAGCCCCGGGGUAUACAAUCAAACCUUAUUAAGAGGGCUGGAUUUCGUCCUCGCUCAAGCUAGACUUCGUGGCAUCAGAGUGAUGAUGGCCUUUUCCAACUUUUGGGGUAUGGGAGAUGGAGUGAAUAAGUACGUCAAGUGGGCUGGGCUGAAUCACACGGACUUGUUCUUUAACAGCACUGUUUGCCAAAACUAUUACCAAAGCUAUAUGAAGAUGCUAGUUUCAAGGGUGAACACCUACAAUGGCGUCAGUUAUUUGAAUGAUACGACCAUCCUGGGCUGGAACCUGCUAAACGAGCCAAGGUGUUUUACUGAUGGCUGUCAAGAUUCUGUCCAAAGUUGGACCGAAGAGAUGUCAACAUACCUUAAGAAAAUCGAUCCCAAUCAUUUGGUUGCAACUGGGUACGAGGGAUUCUAUGGAGCAAAUCAGAACCACACGUCUAUCAAUCCAGGAGAGCCUUGGGGCCAUUGGGCGACACAGACGGGGCAGGAAUUCAUACGUAACAACAGGUUUUGGGCAAUUGACUUUGCAGUUGCACACAUUUGGUCGGAGAACUGGAUUGGAAACCAGCAGAAUACAUCAGCGAAGCUGUCAUUCAUACAGACCUGGAUUACGGCACAUAAUCAAGACGCUCGUGAUGUUUUAAAUAAGCCCCUAGUAUGGGAGGAGUUUGGAAUGCAGGAUGUUACCGUCAAUGGGACAUUCACCUCAAGAAACGUGUUUCUGACAGCCAUAUAUGAUGCUCUCUACACGUCCAUGGCUGAGGAUGGAACCGUGCAAGGGGACAAUGUCUGGGUCUUCAAGAGCCCAGAUGGAGAGUUUGGGUACACCAUUCGCCCAGGUCAGUCAGCAGCGGAGAUUGUGAAAAGCCAUUCAGCUGCUGUAAUGCAACACAAACACAGCUUUGGUGAACCCUGCUGA